CUGCAGACAGAACAUGGCUGACCUGUCAGAAGACCAAUGAGGGAAAGGCCAAAUUUUGCAUAAUCGAUCUCAUUUUUUUCUUCGUUUGAUACCUGAAUCGUUCGUCGUGGACUGCAUUUGACCAGAGGUGUUCAAGAUGAGUGCGUUCCCAGAGGGAAUGGCAAACGGCCCAAGCAGGGCUGCAUACUUGGAUAAAGAUGCCCAGAUCUGGGAAAGACCCUGGAGUCUUGAAGAGAUUCGUCAACACAGUGCCAGCUGGUCUUUGGCCGCUGACUCGGGGCUCUUCCUCUUCCUUCAAGACUUUUCUCAGAGAAUGCUAUCUAAAACACAUGAGAUUGAAAAGCAACUGGACAGCCUGAUCUGUGACACCAAGGCCACUGACAGCCGCUUGCAGUCUGUCUUCAACGACUUUCUCAUGCUGUCAAACACACAGUUCAUAGAAAAUAGAGUGUAUGAUGAAGAAGUGGAAGAGACUGCUCCAAAGGCUGAAGCACUUGAAAAGCAGCCUGAACAGGAAAAGACGCGAGAACAGAAAGAAUCAGAGUUAAUCCCCAAGAUGCAGGAAGCUGUAAAUUAUGGUUUAAAAGUGUUGGAGUCAGCCUUUGAGCACCUGGACAUCAAAGCAGGGAACUCUGACUCAGAGGACGAGGAGGCCACAGACAGAGUGGAGGCCAUCCUGGAGCCUAAGGAUCUUUAUGUGGACAGGCCACUUCCAUAUCUGAUUGGUUCUCAAGCCUUCAUGGAACAAGAUGAUGUUGGACUUGGGGACCUGUCAAGUGACGAAAUGUCAGUUGACAGUGACAGAGACAGUGUAAUCGAGAGUGAAGAUGACAAAGAAGCUCAUUCAGAUGAGGACUUUGAUCAGGAAGAGGAAGAAGUUCACAAUAACAAUAAAAAGAAGUCAUCCAUGAUAAGUUAUGAAGAGGAUGAAGAGGAUGAGGAGGAUGAUGAUUCUGACAUAUUUGGAGAAUCCGACAGGGACGACGAUGUUCAAAAAAACACUGGUUCUUCCUCCUUUGCUGAUGAGCUGGCUGCACGAAUCAAAGGUGACCCAGUAAGCAGACCUGAGGGAGAUCGGGCAUCAGCUGAAGAGGACAGCGAUGACAUGUUUAAACCACCAAGGAUGGACGAUGAUGACUUCUCCCCAUUUGGAGGGAAAAGCGGCCUCUUCAGUGGCGGCAGAGGGCUCUUUGAUGAUGACGACGAGGGCGACCUUUUCUCUGAGGCACCAAAACCUGUGAUGGAAGAGAAAAGAAAUUUGAAUGACGGCAUAAAAACCGCAGCUCCCACUGAAUCUAACAAACCGGAGAAGAAAAUAUUCCCAGACAACAGCCUCUUCAGUUCAGGCCACGAGUCUGAUUCCGCGGAGAGCAAAGAAAACGGGACUUUGUCUGUUAAAGGCAGUACUGCCCCCAAACAGGUCCACAUAGGAGCUAUAGGCUCUGGAGUAGGAAGUGGGCUAUUUGAUGACGAAGAUGAGGAAGACGACUUCUUCAGUGGUAAAAGCUUGAAAAAGACUGACUCUGUCGCUCCGGAGAAACCCAAACCUAUAAGAGCUAUAGACCUUUUUGAUGAUGAAGAAGAUGAGGACGGGGACAUAUUCAGCGCACCACCUGUUACUCAGAGCACAAGGGUGGAAGAAAGGGAUAAACCCCCUGAGAAAAAGGUCCCGCCAGGAGCCAUAUCGAUGUUCGGCCCCGGUACUAAGAGCUUGCUCAAUGAGGCUCUGAAAAAACGACAGCCUUCUACCAGCUCUGAGUCUGAGAAAUCUGUGGAGAAUGGUCUUGCUGCUGAUGUUGGGAAAGCUGCUGGCGAGCAGACGCAGAAGCACGACAGCAGAGGCCUGUUCUCUGAUGAUGAAGACGCACAGUUAUUUUCAACGAUCCCCAAGAGCCAGUCAAAGCCUGAACCUACAAGCCUGGGCAAAACCAGCAAAGCACCUCUGUCUUUAUUUGAUGAUGAAGAGGAGGACUUGUUUGCAUCCGCAGCUAAAUCUAAACCAAAGGCUAAUCAAGCUAAAUCCUCCACACCACAGCCCAGCAACGUGGUGUCCAGCUCCCUCUUCAGCGAUGAUGAGGACCAAUGGAUGAGUUCAAAAAGUAGCACCACAAAAUCUGACGCCAAGACAGGGGGGAUGACAACCAGCACCAGUGCUCCAUCCAGUCUGCCCAGCACUAAAGCGUCCCAGCAGAGCAGCCUGUUUGACGAAGACGAUGAUGACCUGUUUGCUCCCACUACAGAGUCGAGGAACAUACUGUAUGUGCUGCCAGUCAAAAGAAGCCCCAGAGGGUUGCUCUCCUGUUUGAAGACGAGGGUGGUGAUGAAGAUAAAGGGUUUCUCUUUGGCACUAAACCUGCUGUUACAGCGAGCCCUGAAGCCCCAGCUGAAGCAAGUGCACCAAGAUUAUUUUGUUUCUAAACCUCUUGUUACCUGUCAGACGCCCACCCUGUCUGAGGACUUCGACAAACCCCCAGAGCAGCCGAGACCUGUGGAAAAAAAACCCAAUCCUCUCCCAACUCAGGAGGUCACCGUGGGUAAAAAGAAGCCCGCUGGAGCUGUCAGUCUGUUUGGUGGCAUCGACGUUCUUGCCAGCAAGCAGUCUAAAAGCCUGCAGGAUGAAGCAGCAGUCCACGAUGACAGCCUAUUCUCUAAGGAAAGCCCGCCGCCACUCGUUAAGCAGGUGGAAAAGAAGGAAGAGAAGAACAAAACAAGCACUGUUAGCCUGUUUGAUGAGGAGGAGGAAGAUGAGUCUGAUUGGAGUGAUCCAAUUUUCAGGCCCACUAAGCCCGAAGAAAGAAAGACACUAAAGCCCGUAGAAGAGCGUCCACAGGCAAAGAGCACAGGUGUCUUCCAGGAUGAAGAGUUGCUCUUUAGUCAGACUCAGCAGAAGGACAAUGACCCAGAUGUUGACCUCUUUGCAUCCUCAGAGAAAGCAACAAACUCCAAACUCAGCCCAGUGCAGCCAGCAGCACAGAGUCUGUUUGCAGAUGAUGAUGAAGACGACCUCUUCAGCCCCAUCCAGCCAAAACCAACUCCUCCGGUACCAAAAGUUGCAGAGAAACCCACCAAAACUCUUGACAGAGCACCAUUAGCAAGUCCAGAACCUCUGUCGGAGAUCCAGGCCAGUCUGAUGAUCAACCCGGCCGCAUUGCUCCCUGGUGCUGUACCCAGUACGUCGGAGGGUACGAGCUCGUCCUCUGGGGUGUCGAGCUCCAGCCUGAGUCCCAGCCCUGCCACAACUCCUGUUGGAGCCCACACAGACAGUGAAAGAGGGGUGAGCUUUGAUACUCCGGUGAAGGUCACAACUCUGCAGAGUGCACACAUGAGGCGCGCCAAAGGUUCUGUACUUCGAAGGCCUCAGUCCAGAGCAGCAAGGCAUCAAGCCGCUCAGAGAUCCAUGGAGGAUAAAGAGGAGACCCUUGGGGUACCUGAGCUAAGCCCUAGUGUUCCCGGUUCAGCCGUACCUCAAACAGAAAAGUCUGGCCAGAAACACAUGAAUCCAACGUUACCCAACAUAGAAGACUUGCCCACCCUCUCACCAUCCCAACCUUUAGCCUCUCAAAUCUCUCCCAGACCCUCUGAACUGAUCCUCCCGGUUCCUGCAAAUACUGGACAGAAUGACAUCAGUAAAAACGGUGGCACGAAGCUACUGAAACCCUCGGACGAAGAUGACCUCUUUGGCUCUGACAUGCUGUUUGGGGCAAACUCAGUCGCUAGCAAGCCCCCUGCCAGAGAAACUACCAAGACUAGUCAUCCUCAGGCCAGUGGUGGGUCGGCAGGGAAGAAAGACAAGGACAAAAGCACACUCCCAUCCAUUUUCAACGACACUGCUGAUGACCUUUUCCAAAGUGUCAAACAACGGACAAGCACUAAGAAAGCGAAGGCGUCAUCCUUUCUGGAAGAAGAUGACGAUGAUGACAUAUUUCGACUGAGCAACAGUUCCACUCCCUCAUCCACAAGCAGUAAAGACAUCAAGAGCAGCAGUAGCUUUUCAAAGCAGGACAUCUUUCAGGAUGAAGUAGCCAAUGUGCCUAAAGUUCACAAGAAGCACAAAGAGAAGUCCAUCGAUGCCAGCUUGUUUGAUGAUAACAUAGACAUUUUUGCUGACCUGACAGACACCUUCAAACCAAAACAGAAGUCCAAGACCAAGGGAGAGACCAAGUCAAUAUUUGAUGAUGACAUGGACGACAUUUUCUCAGCGAGCACAGUAAAGCCAGCAGCAAAGACUCCCCAUAAAUCGAAGAAAACAGCACCGCCCCAGGAGAGCAGUACAGCAGCAGACUCAAGCAACAUAUUUGACGAUCCUCUUAAUGCUCUGGGUGGGAUCUAAAGUUUUGGAGAGGCCAGAUUUGUACAAUUGUGGAUUCUUUUUUUCAUUGAGAAAUCACCGAAAGAUAUCAGACACACUGUUGAUAAGAGUAUUUAUUGCUAUAAAUUCAUAUUAAUACUGUGGCUAAUUAUUUUUUUGCAAAUCUAAAUGAUUCCAGUCAUCUGCCAACAGCAUUUCCAAAAUCAUUCUGGCAUCAUACCUAAUAUGAACUGUUAGUAUAAUAUGAUACAUGAUAGCACUUUAUAAGCAUACUGUAUGCUUAGCCUUGAAGCCUGCAGAAAUUAACAGUAGAUUUUGUUUGUUUUUAUAUCUUUUGGCUUUGCCUUGUGAGAUUCUAUGUCUUUUGGGUUGUGCCAUAUCAUGCUUCUGAGAGUGUUUACUUAAUGUCUUAGUCAUUUUGACUGUUUUUAUGAAGAAAUUCAUCCAUUUCUUAACUUUGGCUGUGAUGGAAAAGAAAAUCCUU